AUGUCGGCCGAGGGUUGGACAUAUGGCACCCCUGUGGGCACCGCCAACGAUGGCCCUAUGAUUACCGGGAUCGCCAUCGCCUUUACGACACUGUCUCUGAUUGUGAUUUGCCUCCGCAUGUAUGUGAGGGGGUUCAUGAUCAAAGCCACCGGAGCGGACGACUGGAUUAUUUGCUUCACCUGGAUUGGCUGCGCCGGAUUUGCCGUUGUCACCAUCAUCCAGACAAAAUGGGGUCUCGGUCUAUUGCAUCUUGAUGAUUUUCCAGAGGAAAACGUCUACGAAUUCGGUCUUCUGCAGUAUAUGGGCGCUCCAUUCUAUAUUACCAGCAUCUACGGCUUCAAGCUCAGCCUCCUCUUCUCCUACCUCCGAAUCAUACCCAAGGGUAUCUAUCGCUAUGCAACAUACACAGUCAUUGCCCUCUGCAGCAUGUUCCACCUUUCGUUUCUGAUUGUUCAGAUCAACCUCUGCACCCCUAUCCGCCUCCAAUGGGACACCUCCGUCGCCGGCACAUGUGUCAAGGCCGUACACUUCUAUCUCAGUAUGGCCUCCCUGACGAUCUUCUUUGACAUCGUAGUGAUGUUCCUGCCAUUCCCCGUCCUCCUACGAGCCCAGAUUCAGCGCCGCAAGAAGCUCGUUCUCUUGGGCCUUCUGGCUCUGGGUGUCUUUAUUACCGUCAUCCAAAUUUUCCGCAUCCAGACCGUGGUCCGCCUGGCCAACUAUCUCGAUUCCGCACCGCUCAUCAUGUGGUCCACCAUCGAGAACAAUCUCGGCGUUAUAGUCACCUGCGUCCCAACGCUGGCACCAUUGAUCAAGGCUUUCCGCGAGAGGAGCACCGGUGCCUCCGGCGGGCCUUCGCAAAAGUAUGCUGUUCAGGGUACCGGCGCGUCGAGCGCUGCGCGCGGCGGAGAUUUUGCCAUGCGCAGCUGGAGGGGACGGGGCAGUGGAAUCAUGCCCCUUGGUAGCGGCGUUGAUCACGAGUUUGGAAAGGGGACCAGUGACGCGGGUAGCACAGAGUUUAUUCUCGAGGGAACGGGCAUCGUGAAGAAGACUGAGGUCGUUGUGACACGGGAUAUCCGCCAAGAGUAUGGCGAUGACCAUGCAUCUGUUUCAUCAUUGAGGAGAUGA